CGCCGCGCUCUAUGGUGCGAUGGGAGGAGCGGCGCGGGGAAGGGCUCCGGCGCGGCGCGGGGAAGGGCUCGGGCCCGGCGCUCUCGGCUCUUUCUGCGGGCACCAUGUCGCCUCCGAAAGAAAAUGUCAGCUUACUGUUCAAGUUGUACUGCCUGGCCGUGAUGACCCUGGUUGCUGCCAUGUACACGGUCAUGUUGCGGUACACAAGGACGGUGCAGACAGAGCUCUACUUCUCAACCACGGCCGUGUGCAUCACUGAAGUGAUCAAGUUGUUCUUGAGCGUGGGCAUCUUGGCUAGGGAAACUGGCAGCCCAGCAAGGUUAAUAACAUCUUUGAAAGAAAAUGUAUUUGGAAGUGUUACAGAACUGCUCAAAUUAAGUGUUCCAUCUGUGGUGUAUGCUGUUCAAAACAACAUGGCAUUUGUGGCCCUUAGCAACUUGGAUGCAGCUGUCUACCAGGUGAUGUACCAGCUGAAGAUCCCUUGUACAGCUUUGUGUACUGUCCUGAUGCUAAGCCGUACCCUUAGUAAGUUGCAGUGGUUCUCUGUCUUCAUGCUGUGUGGUGGCGUUUGCCUUGUGCAGUGGGAGCCUGCUCAGGCUACCAAAGUACAGGUGGAGCAGAACCCGUGGCUGGGCUUUGGAGCCAUCACCAUCGCCGUGUUCUGCUCAGGAUUUGCAGGAGUUUAUUUUGAGAAGGUCUUAAAGAGUUCAGACACCUCCUUGUGGGUGAGGAAUAUCCAGAUGUACUUAUCUGGGAUUGUGGUGACUUUAUUUGGCGUGUACAUGUCAGAUGGAGCCCAAGUUCUUGAGAAGGGGUUUUUCUAUGGCUACACGUGCUCCGUCUGGUUUGUAAUCCUUCUGGCCAGUGUAGGUGGCCUCUACACCUCAGUGGUUGUUAAGUACACAGAUAACAUUAUGAAAGGCUUCUCUGCAGCAGCAGCCAUCCUUCUUUCUACUGUGGCAUCAGUUAUCCUCUUCGGCCUCCAGAUAACUGUUACCUUCUCCCUGGGUGCAAUCCUGGUGUGUAUUUCCAUUUCUCUCUACGGAUUACCUCGACAAGACACCACCACAAUCCAGCCCUCAGAGACAAAGAGCUCAAAAGAGAGGCUUGCUGCUGUGUGACCUUGUCUGUACAAAUGGACACAUGGACUUUGAGAAACCCUUCCUAUUUUAAUAAAACUUAGCCUGAAGCUAGUCAUGGAACAGUUUAAGGGGGAUGGAUGGACUGAGAGCAGCACUUAGUUCUGUCUGACACGGGGAAGUUUCCAGUGGCAGAGGCUGCGUUACUGCCAAGGAGCUGGAUGGGCAUUCUCCUGAAGGUACUUACUCACCUCAGCCAACCACGAGUCUCACAAGGAAAGCAGGAUGAAGGAACUGAACACUCACUUGUAUAUAAUGUAUAUAAUGGAGGGAAAUUGGUUCUUUGCAUAUUUGAUAAACUGUCUUGCCCUCUGAGGGCAGAAAUGCCUCAAAGCUUCAUAAAAAUCUACUAAAAAGAGCAAUUUGCUGCCAG